ACGCAAACCGCGCUCGGGGUCGGUCGUAUUGGGGCUUGGUAGUCAUAAAAAAGGUUCGGAGACGUUGUUCACCACCCACGGCCCGAUUCCUCCCACCGCAUCAUCCUGGUAAGAGCCUCCUCCAUCGCCCUCGAGGACGAAGCAUUAAUCGUCGGCGGGAGAUUUUAGGGUUUCGGUUUCGGGUCGAGAAAUAGGCGGAGACGACGACGAGAUCGAGAAAUGGAUUGGGGAAACGUUACCACCGAGGAUCUCGUCGACGCCCUUCGCGAGGUGGAUUGGUCGACCCCCCCGCGGCCCGUCUCGGAGUUCUUCUCUCGAUUCACCGUCCCUAGAUCGUAUUCCAAAUGGAACAGUCGCCUCAAGUGCAAUCUCUACUACUACAGGACAAAUUACUUCAUCAUGAUCAUGUUCAUUCUAGGGUUAGGAUUUCUUCGGAAACCACUUGCUAUUGUUGCUGCUAUCUUGACGGGACUUACUAUUGCAUUCCUAAAUGAUAGCUUUGCUGUCGCUUUUAAUGAGAAAGUUACGAGGACCGUGAGACAAUUUUCUCCGCAUCUUGCUGCAAAGUUGAGGCCACCCAUGGCCCCUGUUAUUCGUGGACGACCAACUGCUAAAAGGGCUAUUCACAUAUGUGGGCGACCUCGUUGGGUGUUCGUCUUGAUAUUUUCUGCAGCUAGUUGCAUCCUUUGGUUGACCUCCUGUAACCUUCUCACUGUUCUUUGGGCAAUUCUUAUUGGACUACUUGUAACUCUGCUUCAUGCCAGCUUUAGAACACCUAAUCUCAAAGCACGACUGAACACAUUUAGAGAGGAGUUUCGUGCAGUAUGGCGCAAUUACAGUGAGCUGUAACUGUUCCAUUCUGAGUUUAUAUCAUGGACAGAUUGUGAACUGUGUUAAGCCUGUGAUUCAUCUUUUUGCUGGAUCAUUUCAUGAGAUAGUAUUAAGAACGGUUCUUUUGAAGUUUAGUACUGUUGUUUGUAAGGGGGCAGGACUGAUAUUGAGUAGGGAUAUUGCUUUGUACACAACAUUUCACAGAUCUUGUAAUUGCCUUGAAACUGUAGAACUUUGCCCGUCCAGAGUACAAGUGAAGAAAGUGAAGAAAAUGUGAAUAUAAGCAGUAACCUUAUGCAACCAAUGGUAGCAACCAUUAUUUGAUGAUUUUCUACUGCAUAUUGGAGGAAACUGCCCUGUUUCUGUGAAAUGGCAGAGGUAUCAUAUAACCGCUGUUCUUAUUA